AUGUGCUACAAAAAGAUUAUCCCUCUUGUUAUUCCACCGGAGAGCUUCCACGAAAACGUGCCGGCAGCAGGAGUGACGGUGGCAACAGAGGUGGUAGCCACCGUCGGUCGUCACCGUGACGGUGGUGGUGAAAAGAAGAAGUGUGUGUGUUCACCAUCGACGCAUCCAAGAUCGUUCAAGUGUAGGUAUCAUCAUCAUGAAUAUCAAUGGGUUCCUUCUUCUUCCCUCCACAAAUAACACAUCAUCAUGUAAUCAACAACUAUAGUCUUACUUUCAUGGUUGUUUAUUAAUUUAAUCAAAGUAGAAUCGUGAAUGUUCUGUUUCUUUAUAAAGUAUAUCCUCCGUAUAUCAUUAUAAAACGAUGUUUUCUAUCA